GUUGUUGCGUGUGUAAAAAUUAAAUGUCUAUGUAAUGUAAUCAUAUAUACAUAUAUAUAACCUAUACCGUAAUUUGCAUACAUACAUUUAUAAAAUAAAAUACAUUCACAUAUCGCACAAGCAUGCAAAAGUUACGAGUUACAAUUCACGCUCACAGUUAAGUUUGUCUGUAAUGUGAAAUACGAGCUAAGAGUAAUAGCGCAAGUGUCCAUCGGAUUAUAAUAUCGUAAACAAGACCGAAUGGAUUUAACCUCAUUGGGACAUUUGAUUGAUUUAAGUAUAAUUCCAAUCGUUAAAAAUAUACUGGAGUAGUAAAAAGUUUUAUUACAACUGCGACUCCUACUACUACUACUUUUAAUUAAAAAAAUUAAAAUAACAAUUGAAUGUUAUAUUUGAAGUACGCCAUUGCUAUUAGUUACUUAUUAAAUAGAUGAGUCUUCAAGACAGUCUUUUUGCAGAACAAGUCGAAUACGACGUGACAUUAUUUGCCAAAAAUACAACACAUAAGAGAGUUAUCAUUUUCCCGCCAGUUAAUAAUUACAGGCGAUUUUUAAUUCAUUCAAUAGUUCAAGAUAAUUUUAAAGACUUGAGUACAUUUUCAAUUGGACAAGGAUACGACAGACGAACUGUUGUUUGUUUCAAAUCUGAUUUAAUAAGAGAUUUUAAAUUGAAUGGUGUCCAAUCAAGUAAUAAAACUGAGUCCAGAACUUGUAACUCUAACAUGGGUGUCGAAGGACCUCUAACAUCUAUUGAAAAUUCGAAACAAAAACCAGUUAAAUCAGCACCAGCUGUGGAAAUUUAUCGACCACCAGCUGCUAGAAGAUUACAAACUCCCACUACCUCUUCAGAAACUUCAUCACAAGCAAAGACGAAACAAAGGCGACCUGAUAGAGCUGUCUAUGUACCGAAGCAACGGCGAAGCGUUGACGGGGACAUGACCUCACAAAAUGAAAGUCCAGCUCAGACAAAAAAUAAUUCCCGAAGAUCCAAGACGUCUGUGGAUCCACAGUCUUUGGAGUCAAGUGAUGAAGGCUCGAGGAAUUCAGCCGAUGUAGAAAUUAAAAAUAAUGCUAAUGCGGAAACUCGAGAUAUUAUUUACGAGCAAGUGGCGGACAGUGUCGCAUCAAACACGGAUGAUCUAGAGGAUGUGGAAAAAGUACAAGUAGAAGUUGAGUCAGUAGUUAAUUCGAAUGGUGUAGAAGGGCAUUUCAAGUCCGAUGAGUGCAGCGAACACUCAACGGACGUGUAUGUUGAUAAAUUAAAUGUUAAAAGUGAUUUAGAUAAUCAGGAAUGUGUUAGUAAGACUAGAAAUUUAGUGUCCGAUGUUUUAAUAAUAUCGACAUGUGAUACCCAGAGUGCAAUUGUUAAUAAAAAUGAAGAUGUUAAAGAGGAAAAUAAUAUUUUAUCAAAUGUUUCGCCGCUGAGAUCACCGGAAAAGAAACCGAAGAAAGUUGCCAGGGCUAAGAGUAAACCGGCAUCUCCUCCAUCGCCUCCGGUUAAAAUAAACCGCGACGAGUGCGACUGGGACAGUCUUUUUGAUGACAAUGGCGAGUGCUUGGAUCCCACAUUAAUUGAAGAGUUGACUGCAGCAGUUGGAGAAGUGACAAUAGAGCAGCCAAAAAACGACUACAAAGCAUUUAGCAGACCUGUUGAAGUGUCUAAUGACGAAUUUGGACAUGUUAUAGAAAUUUACAACUUUCCAUCCGACUUCAAGACAAGUGAUCUUGCAACUGUAUUCAGUCCUUUCAAGAAUGGAGGCUUUGAACUCAAGUGGGUCGAUGACACUCACUGUCUUGGUGUAUUUAGCAGUCCGCUCGUUGCUGCCGAGGUAUUGGCGUCAGAUCACGCGUUUGUAAAAACGCGUCCGCUGAGCGAGGCAACGGCAUUGAGUAGAACAAAAGCUAGAAAAAGCGCUGAAUUUUUACAGCCAUACAGAAGUAGACCUGAAACAUGUGCAGCGCUCGCAAGACGUCUUGUUACUGGAGCUCUCGGCGUUAGAUUGGCAACUGCUAGACAAGAAAGAGAACACGAGAAAGUUGUAUUGCGUGAAGCUAAGGAACGACGAAGAUUAGCCAAUAAACAACGUGAAGAUGCUUGGGAAGGUAUUAUCGCCCAAAAAUGAUGGAAAUAAAUUAAUUAAAUAUUUUAUUAAUUAUUCAAUUUCACACUUUUAAUAUUUAUCAUUUUUUAAUUAAUUAGAAAUGAUAAAAAAUUUUUUUUAAAUUAUCUGACGAAUAUUUUGAUGAACAAAAUUAUCAAAACGUUUUUUAAAAAUAUAUAUCAUCGUAAUUAUGAUUAUAAUUAAUGGCUAAAUAUUUAAAAGUGUGAAAUUUAAAUAUUGAUUGUACUAUUUUUGUACACAUGUGCCUUACUCAUCUUAAUUAACUUAGUAAUUAAGUAUUACACAGCGGAUGGUUUUUUUUUUCACGAUAAAAAAAAACUAUCCUGUUUUUUUUGCCAGUAGAUGAGUGUGGCGGGUAUUUAUUUAAAUUGCAAUGUUAGUGAAUCAAAGAUAAUAUUUUUAAAUUAAAUAUUAACAUGAAAAAUAUUAAAAAUUAAUAAUAGUAAUUAAUUAUUUAUUAUCGAGAUUAAAAUAAUGAAUCAUGAAGUGAAAAAAAGGAUAAUUUGUCUUGUUUUAGUAUAUAAAGUUAUAUACUAUUAAGAGUUUAAAUGCAGCGCGUUUAUUUAAAAACGUAUGAUGCAAUGUUGAGAAAAAAAGUAAAAUAUAGUAAAUUUAUUAAUGGUUUAAUUUUUUUACCUCAAAAAACUGCCUCUGAUAUCACUAGUAUGAUAAAUAAAUAAAUAGAAAAAAUAAUAAGCCAAAAGGUGAAUAUCAAACGACAAUAAAUCCUGAAGCAAAGUAUAAAAUAAUAAACGAAAACAAUGGUCAAGUAAUUACAAAUCACAAGAUCUCUUGUUAAUUAAAUUUUAAAUAUAUAUACAACGAUUUAAUGUUAAUUUGUGUGUUGUGUAAAUGAACAUUUUUUUUUCUAUAGGGAGAGAUGUCAUUUUUGGACAUUUAUGAAAUUUAAGUAAAAUAAUUUGAGAAAAACACAAUAACAGUUAAUUUUAAAAAUGUGUAUAAAGAUACUUUUAUCCUGCUAUUAAAAUGGAAAUUUUAUUUAGUAUUUUCCCAUUAAUUUAAAUAAAGUAUUAAAUGUCCAAAAAUGAAGCAGUGGCAACAAAUGCUACUUAUACCCAAUUGUACAAUUAAGUAAUUUAAGUUUUUGUAAUUUUAUUAAUUACAUACCACGCACAAUCAUGUCAUGAAAAUAUAAAAAAUUUUUUUCCUCAAAUUUAAAAUUUUCAUUUAGAAUAAAAAAAAAAUGUUUAAAAUAUUUUUCUAUAAAAUUGUUACUGGUUAAAAAGGUUUUUAAAUUUAUCACAAGUACCUAGUCAUUGUGCGGGCGAAAUGUUAUUAAUAAAAAAUAAAUAGUAAUAAUAAU